UAACGCCUUAAUCCUAAUCUUAAUCUUUUUAUGAUGCUCCUGAUCUCAAUCUUAAUCUUGAAACGGUAUCUCGCUCACUUUCUAUCUCAUUAUUCUUAUCAAAAUCAAAAUCAAAAUAAAAAUACCAAAAAGAAGAAAAAUGCCAAACGGAAUCGAGCCGUCACCCACACCGCAAGUCAAGUCGGCAACGACGCGCGUCCCUCUUUCCCUCCAAAAACCAAAACCUUCGUCCCUCUAAAAUAAAAAAAAAUGAAAAUAUUUUUAUUUUCCUAUAAUUUUUAAAAUGAUAUAAAAAAAACAGGCAUAGUAUUAGUAAGUAGUAUGAUAAUUGUAGAAUAAUUAAUUUGGAAAUGUAAAAAAAAAUUUGGUGUUUCCGAUAGUAGUAGUUGUAGCGGUCAAGCCGAGCCGAUCCGAUGACGCGAGCCACUCACACACUGGGGGUUCCCCCAACAACACGCGCCCCUCCCCGGCGACCGUACCGUAUUAUCCCUCACCAUUCCCACUCUUUCGCCUUGCCGUUUCGCUUUCUCUCUCUUCUUCUUCUUCUUUCUCUUUCUCUUUCUCUUUCUCUUUUCCCUUUCUCUUUAUCUCUCUUCCAACCCUAAUUCCCUUUUUCCGAUGCCGGACUUCCACGACUCCCUCCUCACCACCACGCCGCCGCCAUCGCGCCCCGUCCCCGUCCGCGAGGACUGCUGGUCCGAGGAGGCCUCCUCCACGCUCGUCGACGCCUGGGGCCGCCGCUACCUCGAGCUCAACCGCGGCAACCUCCGCCAAAAGGACUGGCAGGACGUCGCCGACGCCGUCAACGCGCUCCACGGCCACACCAAAAAGACGCACCGCACCGACGUCCAGUGCAAAAACCGCAUCGACACCAUUAAGAAGAAGUACAAGAUCGAGAAGGCUAGGGUUUCGGCCUCCAACGGUACUCUCUCUUCCUCUUGGCCUUUCUACGAGCGCUUGGACGCUCUAAUCGGCCCUAAUUUUAGCGCGAAGAAAUCAACCUCUUCGCCGUCUCCGUCGCCGCCGGUGGCUCUUCCUUUGCUGCCGCAUCGGAAGAACCAGAACCAAAACCAGAACCCUUCCUCUUCUCCUGCGAUUGCGGUGCCGCCGACGGCCGUCGCUCUGCCGCAGAAGCGCUCCUCGGCAGCGGCGAUGGACGAGGGUUACUUCAGAAGGAAUUACUCCGCCGUGGCUGCCGCGGCGGCGGCAGCGGAGGCUGAUGAGGACGAUGAGGAGGAAGACGAGGAGGAGGCGGAGGAUUUGGAGGAGGAGGAGGAGGAAGAAUGUGAAGAGGAAGGGAGAGGGAGCGAAGUGGAGGAAGGGGAUAAGGAGAGGGAAGGGAUGAGGAGGUUGGCGAAGGCGAUAGAGAGGUUUGGGGAAGUUUAUGAGAGAGUGGAGGCGCAGAAGCUGAGGCAGAUGGUGGAUUUGGAGAAACAGAGGAUGCAGUUUGCUAAAGAUCUUGAAGUGCAGAGGAUGGAGAUGUUUAUGGACACACAGGUUCAGCUCGAGAGAAUUAAGCGCGGUAAAAGAUCUGGCUCUAAUGAUAUGUAUAGCUAGCCAAGUGGUCGAUGGUUCGUUGACGGUGCUCGAAAUGCUUGUCUUGCUAUGGUCUAGUCAAUGGGAAAGUACAUAUCUUCAACUGAUAUACUGUCACGAGGGAAUAUCUCCAAUAGAAAUUUAUUUUGGAGUAAUUUUGGAUUCUUUUAGCUAGCCUUUAAUUUGUUGUUAUUAGUUCUUAUAAAUUAAUUCGGCAACUAGGCCUAAUUCGGCUCCGAUAUAGAAUUUGCUCCAAUCAAUGUAUAACACUUUUAUGCCAAAUGUCCCCCCCCCUUUUCCCUUUUCAAUA